CUUACCACCAGGAUCACUGAGCUGCUGAGCGGAGAGGUUCCUAUAAGGUGUCAGGAUGUCGCUGUCUAUUUCUCCAUGGAGGAGUGGGAGUAUAUAGAAGAACACAAGGAUCUGUACAAGGACAUCAUGAUGGAGAACCACCAGCCCCUCACAUCACCGGAUGGAUCCAGUCAGAGAAAUCCACCAGAGAGAUGUCCCAGUCCUCAGUAUUCCCAGGACUGUCCAGAGGAGAAACCAAAUAUCCCACUGGAUCAUCAGGAAAUUUCUGGUGAAAUGACAAGUGGACUCGAAGACCCCGUGUCAGUGUCUGUGAAAGGUGAGGAUGAGACAAGAGACUCCAAUGAACAUCUUCUUUUAUCUGAAAAAGUAGAAGACAACAAUGUCACACAAGCUAAUUCAAUAAAUGCUAAUGUACCCUUAGACCUUCACAGUGGAGAUCUACCCACCAAUACCGUUGGUCACAAGAAUCUUUUGUCCAAUCAAUCACUGAGUCAAUCACAGAAUCAGUCUAAACAAUCUGUGCAUGAAAUAAUUGACAGAGAUAAAAGACCACUUUCAGGUUCAGAAUGUGAAAAGUAUUUUAGUCAGAAAUCAAAACUUAUGGAGCGUCAAAGAAUUCACACGGGAGAGAAACCAUUUCCAUGUCCAGAAUGUGGGAAAUGUUUUGCAAAGAAAUCACAUAUUGUGGAACAUCUAAGAACUCACACAGGGGAGAAGCCAUUUCCAUGUUUAGAAUGUGGGAAAUGUUUUAGUCAGAAAUCAAAUCUUGUGGAACAUUUAAGAAUUCACACAGGGGAGAAGCCGUUUUUAUGUUCAGAAUGUGGGAAAUGUUAUGCCAAAAGAUCUGCUCUUGUUAUGCAUAAGAGAAUUCACAAAGGAGAGAAGCCAUAUUCAUGUCCCGAUUGUGGGAAAUGUUUUAGUCUGAAAUCGUGUCUUGUUACUCAUCAAAGAACUCAUACAGGGGAGAAGCCAUUUUCAUGUCCUGAUUGUGGGAAAUGUUUUGGUCAGAAAUCAACUCUUGUUACUCAUCAAAGAACUCACACCAAGAAGAAGCCAUUUUCAUGUUCAGAAUGUGGGAAAUGUUUCAACUAUAAACCGGAUCUUGUUGAACAUCAAAGAACUCACACGGGAGAGAAACCGUUUUCAUGUCCUGAAUGUGCGAAAUGCUUUAGUCAGAAAAGAAAUUUUGUGAAACAUCGAAGAAUCCACACAGGGGAGAAGCCAUUUUCAUGUUUAGAAUGUGGAAAAUGUUUUAGACUCAAGUCGCUUCUUCUUUACCAUCAAAGAACUCACACAGGGGAGAUGCCAUUUUCAUGUCCUGAAUGUGGAAAAUGUUUUGGCCAGAAAUCAAGCUUAUUGGAACAUCGAAGAAUCCACACAGGAGAGACACCAUUUUCAUGUCCAGAAUGUGGGAAAUGUUUUGGCCAGAAAUCAAACCUUGUGGAACAUCGAAGAAUUCACACAGGAGAGAAGCCAUUUUCAUGUUCAGAAUGCGGGAAAUGUUUUGGUCGGAAGUCAGUUCUUGUUGAACAUCAGAGAAUCCACACAGGAGAGACGCCAUUUUUAUGUCCAGAAUGUGGGAAAUGUUUUAGCCAGAAAACAAGCCUUGUGGAACAUCGAAAAAUUCACACAGGGGAGAAGCCAUUUUCAUGUUCGGAAUGCAGCAAAUGUUUUGGUCGGAAGUCGGUACUUGUUGAACAUCAGAGAAUUCACACAGGAGAGAAGCCAUUUUCAUGUCCUGAAUGUGGGAAAUGUUUUUGCAAGAAAUCAGGCCUUUUGGAACAUCGAAGAACUCACACAGGAGAGAAGCCGUUUUCAUGUUCAGAAUGUGGGAAAUGUUUUGGUCGGAAAUCAGUUCUUGCUGAACAUCAGAGAACUCACACAGUGGAGAAACUAUAUUCAUGUUCUAAUGUGGGAGAUAUUUUAGACAGAAAUGAAAUGUUAGGAAACAUCUAAGAGUUUAUACAGGAGAGAGGCCAUUUUCAUGUUCUGAAUUUGCUAAAUGUUUUACACACAGAGCAGGUUUUGCUAAACAUCAAAGAACUCGCACAGGUGCAACGUAAGAACUGUUGAAGGUGCGUGGCUUUAUUUUUAGACCUGCUGCCUAAGGAUGCCUUCUGUUGUAUAAAUAUACCCCUUGAGGACCUGUGGUAUAGCAGAACUGUAUAGGCAGAUGUUCCCAGAAAACCAGCGGCACGCUUUUACAACACUGAUCGUUUAGACACUGCCACUGUGCCCGCAUGAUCAGUACUGUGACUGUAACACAUACAAUGCUUUCAGGAAGUCUUCAGAUCCUUUCAUUUUUUUGAAAUUUUGUUAUGCUGUGGCCUUGUGCUAAAAUUUAAAAGAAAUUAAGUUGUUCCCUGUCAUUCUGCACUCCAUACCCCAUAAUAACAAAGUGAAAACAGAAUGUUAGAAAUCUUUGCUAAUGUAAGACUGUGGUGCAAGGGACCUUAAAGGGGUUGUUCGAGUUAUGAAAAAAAAAAAUAUAGCACUGUAAAUCUGAUGGACAGCAAUAUAUAACUGAGCUAAGCAAGUUUUAGGUAAAAAAAAAAAUUUCCUAAUUUUCCUAGUUCUCUUCUGGCUAUUUGUUUACCUGCAAUCACAACAAUCUUUGCUCCUCCCCCUGCUCUGCAGAGGGAGUGAAUACGGAGUGACAUGUCUGCCUGCUGAAGUCCCAGCUGUAC